AGAAACUUAAAAUGAUCUGCGCUGCAAAAACGGAGACUGAUUUCUAUGACAAGUUAGAGAAGUGUUUACCAAAGAAACACAUACUGAGAGGACUCAUUUCACCGCAACGUUACUUUGAAAUCGAAUGUCCACAGAAAGGUUUGAAUGGUGAUCAGACAGAGAUUAUCGAAAAUGUCAGGAAAUGCAUUGUGCAGACUGUACGAGGUCUUGCACAUUGGAAUGAAAAUAUACCUUUCAUUUGGUUAAAGUUUGAGCAGUUUAUCAGAGAAAACAGAAACAAGAGGAUUCUUCGAAAAGGAGAAAUACAAAACAUACCAGAAUUUUAAUCUUUGAAAGAAAAUGAGAUUAACGAUAUGCUCAGAUAUUUUAAAGAGAUAGGCCUAAUAAUUUACUUCAUAGACGAUGGUCUCAAAGAAAAUAUUAUAGUAGACGUCCAGUGGUUUGUAGAUGCAUUCAAGAAUAUCAUUACUGAUCCAUGUCAUGCGCACUCAGUUUGCAAAAGUGUUCAGGAAUGGGAGAUAUUCAUGAAAACAGGAAGAAUAUCUGAUUCAACACUUGUCAAGGUAUGGGGGGGAAACUCAUCGCAUCUUCCCCUGAAAGAUGUAAUUAUACCAUACAUGGAAAAACUUGGUAUUUUGCUAUAAUGCGAGCGCAGGAAUGUGUUGGAGAGAAAAUCCCAAUUAUGAUUGAAAAUUUCUACUACAAACCUCGCCUUAAUAAGACUGAUUUCUCAAAAGAGCUCAUGAAACAAAACAUCAACAAAACACCCAUUUUAGUAUUUUCUUUCAAAACUUACAUCCCGCAUUUCUUUUUCUUCAGACUUGUAGCUUUGUGUUUCUCUGUGUGGGAACCAUUAGGUGAUGACCUACUUUGCAAAAAUGUUGCUUUUUUCAAAGAUAAAGGUGGUGACCGAUAUAUUGCCAUUGCAGUAAACAAAACGUCCAUUCAGUUGCAAGUGUUUACUCCAGAUGAUAAAAUCCAGCUAAUAAGAGACAAAACGAAACAGAUCAGAUCAAACAUUGAGGGGAUGAUGAAUGACAUAACAUCCACAUUCCACAACAAAGUCCUCUUUGAACUCGGAUACACAUGUAAGGAAAUAAAUAUCACUGAUGAAGAUGAAGAUUAUUUCUUAAGUAAAACAGAAGUUGCACAACUGUCAACCAACAAAAGAAUUUGCCCAAACACUCUGUCCCGCAAAAAUCAUGAGAAACACGAUAUCGUUCGUGAUGAUCUGCUGUAUUAUCGGUACACAGAUAAUAAUUGAAGAAUCAGAGCAGACAGCGACCAUUGUUUCAGUAAACACACAACAGAUUUAGUGUCUCUAAAAUUCAGAAAAGUGGAUAAUUCUGAACAUUCUUUACAGCAACGUAGAAUUCGUUCGUAUUUAUUAUUGUCGAAUAAAAGUAUGUACAUUUUCAUUUCCUAGUGAUUAAAAACUGGAAAAUUGUAACAAUGUCUAAUAUGACCCUUCGUUGACCUCCCCUUGGUGAAGACAUAGGGUUGAUAUUGGAGUAAUAACAAGAAAGUAUAUUUUUUACCUUUACAUACAUGUAUAUAUAUUUUUUACAGAACCUUUAUUUGCAGUACUUCAUGUGCAUUUUAACUUGACCCUUUCUUCAUCUCUUUUACAAAUACUUUAUUGCAUAUAUAAGAAAUUAAUUAUAGUUUUUAACAAAAGUUUGAAAAAAUCAUUUUUUUUAAUAUCGUUUAAUUUUUUUUCAGCCUACUUAUGUAUCUGUUGAUAAACGGUUUAAUUGAAAUUACGUAUAUAUAUGAAACAAAAGUACAAUGUGCCUACGAACUGAAACUUGCUGUAAAAUGAUAAUUUUUGGCAACAACAUGAUUUCUUGUUUAUUAAAAGUUAUAUCUUAUACUUUACAUGUUAUAACUAAAAAAAACAAGAGGCCCAUGGGCCACAUUGCUCACCUGAGCACUGUGGCUAGGAAAAAGUAGAAAUUGGUUUAUUAUUUAAUAAUUUAAAUCCAAAAGUAGUCCCAAUACCAAUCCUGGCUUUGCUAUUCUUGAUAAGAUGAUUUUUAAAGAAUUUUCCUAUACAUGUAUAUGUCUAUGAAAAACUUUGGUCGGCCAUCGUGGCCCCGCCCUACUACGGGGGUCAUGAUUUGAACAAACUUAAAUCUACACUACCUGAGGAUGCUUUCAUAUAAAUAUG